AUGUGGUCUCAUCUAGUUCUUCUCGGAGGCAUCUCACUGGCUCUUAGUAGCCCAGUUGCUCGUCAAGAUGCGAACCCUCCCCCUUAUCGAAACACAUCUCUCUGCUUAGACAAGCGUGUGGAUGAUCUCCUCUCCCGCAUGUCCCUUGAGGAAAAGGCAGGACAGAUGUUCCAUGCCCGUACUCAGGUUGUCAACAACACAUUCGACGAAACCAUUGAGGGUUAUGUCAAGGACAAGCGCAUAACUCACUACGUCUUGAGUGGAGGUGUCAACGACGCUCGCGCUGUGGCAAACUGGUACAACAAGCUCCAGAAGCUAGCCCAAGAUACAUCUCUGGGCAUCCCUAUCACCAUCUCUUCUGAUCCCCAGCACGGUUGGACGGACGAUGCCGCAGUGUCAGUUGUAGCCAACGGCUUCUCUCGUUGGACCGAACCUCUUGGCAUUGCUGCCCUGCGGUCCCCUCAGUUGGCUCGCACAUUUGCUGAGAUUGCUCGGGAGGAGUACGUUUCCGUGGGAAUCCGCCAGGCUCUUCAUCCCCAGGUGGAUCUUUCGACUGAGCCUCGAUGGGGUCGAAUUGGUGGUACCCUGGGCGAGGACGCCAACCUGACAAGUGCCCUGCUUGUUGAAUACAUCAAGGGCUUUCAGGGCGAGAAGAUUGGACCUCACUCGGUCAUUACAACAACAAAGCACUUCCCCGGUGGUGGUCCCAUGGAGGAUGGAGAGGACUCUCACUUUCCUUGGGGCAAAAACCAGACGUACCCUGGUAACAACCAGGCUUAUCACUUGAUCCCCUUCAAGGCGGCAAUUGCUGCUGGCACAAGGCAGAUGAUGCCCUACUACUCGAGACCCAUCGGAACUUCAUGGGAAGAGGUUGCCUUUGGAUUCAACAAGGGAGUUGUCACCGACCUCCUUAAGAACCAACUUGGCUUUGAAGGUAUCGUCGUUACAGACUGGGGCAUCGUCACUGACCGAGCUUGGGGUCUGGAGGACAAGACCGAGCUCGAGCGUGCCCGCCGUGUCAUUGAAGCCGGCUGUGAUAUCUUUGGUGGCGAGACGAAGCCUGAGCUGGUCAUUGAGCUCGUCAAGAAGGGCUUGGUGACUGAGGCUCGCAUCGACGAGUCGGUCCGCAAGCUGAUGAAGGAAAAGUUUGAGUUGGGACUCUUCGACAACCCCUUCGUGGAUGCCGACAAUGCUGCGCGUGUGGCUGGCAACCCUUACUUCAGCCGUCUGGGCAACGAGACGCAGCGUCGGGCCUUCACUCUGCUCACUAACCAGAAUGACAUCCUGCCUCUACCUCUGUCGGCGCUCGAGGCCAAGUUCUACAUCGAAGGCAUUGAACCCGAGGCUCUGGAGUCGCGAAACCUCAAGGUGGUGGACAAGCCAGAGGAUGCAGACUACGCGUUCCUCCGUCUCGUGUCUCCUUACAAGCCUACCACUGGCACUGGCCUAGCUGCGAUGAUCAACAAUGGUACUCUCGAGUUCAACUCUACCGAAAAGGCGCGUCAGGCCAAGAUCUACGAGACUGUCCCAACUGUCGUGGACAUCAGACUCAACCGACCAGCCGCGGUGCCUGAGAUUGCAGAGAAGGCGGCGGCGCUGUUUGGCAACUACGGCAGCAGCCACGAUGCGUUCCUGGAUGUCGUGUUUGGCGUUGACGGUUGGGCUCCUGAAGGACAAUUGCCAUUUGACCUUCCGCGAUCCGAUGCUGCGGCCGAAGCGGCAUUUGAGGAUGUGCCGUUUGAUACGCUGAACCCAGUGUUUAGAUUUGGACAUGGAUUGCGGUAUAAGGAGGAGUGCAAAGCAGCUGGAGCGUGA